CCGGAAGUAAUCGGCGGCGCUCGGAAGCAGCGGCGGGACCCCGGGUACUGCCGGCGCUGGUGCUGCAGGAUGGUCGGCGGCGGCGGGAAACGUCGGGCCGGCGGGGAGGGGCAGCAGUGUGAAAAAGCAGUUGAUGUGAAGAAAAGUAAGUCCUGUGAAGCUGAUGUCUCCAGUGACCUCCGAAAAGAAGCAGAAAAUCAUUAUAAGCUCUCUCUGCCUGAAGAUUUCUAUCAUUUCUGGAAGUUCUGUGAAGCACUUGAUCCAGAAAAGCCAGCUGAUUCCCUUUCUGCAAGCCUUGGACUUCGAUUAGUGGGUCCUUAUGAUAUCCUUGCCGGAAAACAUAAAAUGAAGAAAAAAUCAGCAGGCCUGAAUUGUAGCCUUCACUGGAGGUUCUACUAUGAUCCCCCUGAAUUCCAGACCAUUAUGGUUGGAGAUAAUAAGACUCAGUACCACAUGGGGUAUUUCAGGGAUUCUCCUGAUGAACUUCCUGUGUUUGUUGGUACAAAUGAAGCGAAGAAAAGUUGUCUGAUUGUUCAAAGUGGAGAUAAUGUGUUUGCUGCAGUCAAAUUAUUUUUGAUGAAAAAACUUAAAGAAGUAACAGAUAAAAAGAAAACUAGUCUUCUGAAAAGCAUAGAUGAGAAACUUACAGAAGCAGCCAGAGACCUGGGAUACUCACUGGAGCAGAGAACCAUCAAGAUGAAACAGAGAGACAAGAAAGUUGUGACAAAGACCUUUCAUGGUGCAGGCUUGGUUGUCCCAGUAGAUAAAAAUGAUGUUGGGUACAGAGAGCUCCCUGAAACAGAUGCCGACCUCAAGAGAAUUUGCAAGACAAUUGUCGAGGCACCAAGUGACGAGGAGAGACUUAAAGCUUUUGCUCCCAUCCAAGAAAUGAUGACUUUUGUGCAGUUUGCCAACGAUGAAUGUGAUUAUGGCAUGGGGCUUGAGUUGGGAAUGGACCUCUUUUGCUAUGGCUCCCAUUAUUUUCAUAAAGUUGCUGGCCAGCUUUUACCUCUUGCAUAUAAUCUGUUGAAGAGGAAUCUGUUUGCAGAAAUUAUUGAAGAUCAUCUGGCAAACAGAAGUAAAGAGAACAUAGACCAACUUGAAGCAUGAGUAGAGUUGGCUUUGUUUGGUGUAUAUUUUAAAACAUUAAUAGUGAAUUUGUGUGACUUUGUUUUUAAGGAAUACAGAAAAUAAAUUGAUGGAAACAUUGGCUAAAAAGUUUUAUGUUUUGGCCUGU